AUGGUGGCCAGCGACGCUGGGAUCGCGUGGCUCGUCCGCGAGGCGAUGGACGGCCGCGGAAGGAUCAAGUUCAGGAAGCUGUCUCGCAACCGGAUGUCGCGAGCCGCCGUUUCCGCUACCAAGCUGAAGCAGUGCGUCAGGAAGCAGCCGGCUAAAAUACGGAAAUGCAUGUGCCUGCCGUCCAAUUACGCCCUCGUUGAAUUCCCUGUAGUCUGGUCCGAGCUCAGGGCCAACCAGCAAUUGUGCGACGGUGUAAUCAGAUGCGCCACGGGUCACGUUUUCCCCGUGCACCGCGCCAUUUUGUCAGCGGUCAGCCCGUACUUCAAGGCGCUUUUCACCAACAGUCUGAAAGCUGGGAAAACAGAGACCACGGAAGUCGCGAUCGAUUCGGUACCCGGGAAAAUUUUCAGCCUGAUCCUUGAUUACGCUUACACAGGCACAUGCAAUGUGAAUGCCGACAACGUCGAGCAACUUCUACCCCUGGCUGAUCAGUUCGAGGUCCUUGGAGUCGUGCAGCUCUGUUGUCAGUUCCUGCUGCAAGAACUUCGGCCAGAAAAUUGUUUAGGGAUCUUCAAAUUCGCUCGCCACUAUUUCUGCCGCGACCUGGAGGAGAAGGGCCGGAAAUACAUUCGCCAUCACUUUAAGCGGAUACUGCAAGAGAGCCCGGAAUUCAAAGAGCUGACGAGCAAGGAACUCGAGGCGAUUCUACGUGACGACGAGCUGAAUGUUAAAAACGAAGAAAUAGUUUUCGAGGCCGUUAAAACCUGGCUGGAGCAUAACGUGGAAGAAAGGAGGCCCUAUUUGCCUAGGCUCUUGAAAUGUGUGCGCUACGGUUUGAUGAGCUACAACUACUUCGCGAACAAUGUCCUCACGUGGAAGAUCAUCGAUGAUGACGAGCUGAGUGACGAGUCAUGCCAGCAAGUGAUAGGUCCCGCUAACCAGUACCUGAAGGAACAGGAAGCGAGGCAAGGGAGCGGCGAGAUCGAUCUGAAGAACCCCCUAUCCAAGCCUCGAAUCCCCUAUGAGAUCCUGUUCGCGAUCGGCGGAUGGAGCGCCGGUUCCCCGACGAAUUUCGUAGAGACUUACGACACGAGAGCUGACAGAUGGUUUCUAUCAGUGAAUACGGACGUGACGCCGAGGUCCUACCACGGCUUGUGCACGUUGAACAAUUUGAUCUACAUGAUCGGCGGGUUCGACGGCAACCAGCACUUCAACACGGUCAGAUGCUUCGAUCCGGUCACGAGGGAGUGGCGUGAACGGGCCUGCAUGUAUCACGCGAGGUGUUACGUCAGCGUUUGCACCCACGGAGGAAAGAUCUACGCUCUCGGCGGGUACAAUGGCCGGACCAGAUUGAGCUCCGGGGAAAGAUACGAACCGCAAAGGAACCAAUGGGAGAUGAUACCUCCGAUGCAUCGGCAGAGGUCGGACGCGAGCGCGGCAGCCUUGCAGGACAAGAUUUACAUCGUCGGCGGUUUCAGUGGUCGCGAAGUUCUCAAUUCCGCAGAGGUGUUCGACGUGGAGACCAAUCAGUGGAGCUACAUCCAUCCCAUGAUCGACCCGCGAUCCGGCGUGUGUCUGGUCGCGUUUCGAGACAGCCUUUACGCUCUGGGCGGCUUCAACGGAUUCAUCAGGCUCAGCUCUGGGGAGCGUUACAAUCCGAAUCAUUCGGAGGAUUGGCACGCGGUCCCGGAGAUGUUCAGCCCCCGCAGCAAUUUCGCCACGGUCAUUCUGGACGACAUGAUAUUCGUCGUCGGUGGAUUCAAUGGAUCCACGACGAUUGCAUACGCGGAAUGUUACGACCCAGACAGUAACGAAUGGUACGAUGCAUCGCCGAUGAAUCUGAAUCGAAGUGCCCUAAGUGCCUGUGUUAUCGCUGGCCUGGCGAACGCACGCGAGUAUUCUUAUCACGGCAAGGCGCGAGAUCUUGGCCAAGGUCAAGCUUCGUCAGAGAAUCAACAGAAAUCCACCCAGGGUGGAGAAGGCGCUGCUGAAACAAAUGCGAGCAUUUCCACCGAAGAAGGGGUGAACUUCAACGAACAAGUUCCAAGGGAGGUCAGCUCUAUGAACGAGAUAGCUGAGAAUGUCGGCAAUUAUCUAGGAUAA